GUGCUGGCGCUAACUGGCGGUGAGAGGAGAAGGAUGGCCAACACGAGCGGGCCAGACGGGUCUGCCGGCAACUUCACGGACAUUGAUGAUGCAGGGAGCCCCUACGAGACGGUCGAGGUGGUCUUCAUCGUGGUCGUGGCUGGCUCGCUGAGCCUCGUGACCAUCAUUGGAAACAUUCUGGUGAUGGUCUCCAUCAAGGUGAACCGACACUUGCAAACCAUCAACAACUAUUUUAUUUUCAGCCUGGCCUGCGCUGAUUUGAUCAUCGGGGUCUUCUCCAUGAAUCUCUACACCAUUUACAUUGUGAUGGGGUCCUGGUCUAUGGGCCCGGUGGUGUGCGACUUGUGGCUGGCUCUAGAUUACGUUGUCAGUAACGCCUCAGUCAUGAACCUUCUCAUCAUCAGCUUCGACCGCUACUUCUGUGUGACCAAACCACUCAGCUACCCGGUGAAGAGGACCAACAAGAUGGCCGGAAUGAUGAUCGCGGUGGCCUGGGUCCUCUCCUUCAUCCUUUGGGCACCGGCCAUCCUCUUCUGGCAGUUCAUCGUGGGCGAGCGCAAGGUCCCACAGGGCGAGUGCCACGUCCAGUUCUUCUCCAACCCCGUGGUGACAUUCGGCACGGCCAUCGCCGCCUUCUACCUGCCCGUGAUCAUCAUGACCGUCCUGUACGUACACAUCUCCCGGGCCAGCAAAAGCCGGAUCAAGAAAGACAAGAGAGAGCCGGAGUUGAGCAAAGGUGCGGCCGUCUCCCCCAGCGUGGCCCGGGGCAAAGCCACCACCAAACCCGACAACAACAACGUGUCCUCCAGCAGCCCCCUCGACUGCUUGCCGCCGGUCAAGGUACAAAACGGCAAAGCGGUGAUUGACAACUGUGGUCCAGGGGAGGAGAAGGAGAUGUCUAACGACUCCACCUCGGCCAGUGUUGCUGCUUCCAUCCAGAAGGAAGGGGUGGAUGGGGGCACCAGGGUCCAGGCCGUGCCCAUUCCCGCUUCCUCCGGCCGCUUCAGGGUGGACGGCUCCAAGUUCUCCUGCAUCAAGUCCGAGAGCAGCGAGUCAGCGGCGGCCAACAACGGCGACAGGGAGAGGGAACUGGCCGCCGCCCGCAAGAUCGUCAGAAUGACCAAGACGCCGGCCAAGAAGAUGAAGAAGAAAGGGGCUGUGUCGCGGGAGAGGAAGGUGACCAAGACCAUCCUGGCCAUCCUGCUGGCCUUCAUCGUCACCUGGACCCCGUACAAUGUCAUGGUCCUCAUCAACACCUUCUGCUCCGUCUGCGUCCCCAACACGGUGUGGACCAUCGGCUACUGGCUCUGCUACAUCAACAGCACCAUCAAUCCCGCCUGCUACGCUCUCUGCAACGCCACCUUCAAGAAAACCUUCAAACACCUCCUCUUGUGCCAGUACAAAAACAUUGGCGCCACCAGAUAGAGAAUCACAAACCAAGCAAGCAAUGAACGUUUUUUAUACCCAUUGGAGCUGACUUUCACAAUGUGUCUCUGUAAAUGUAUGUAAGUAAUAAGUGCAACAUGCCAGCGUGUAUUAAGUGUUCAAGAGGGAACUGCAGAUGCUGGAAAAUCGAAGGUAGACAAACAUAGAAACAUAGAAAUUAGGUGCAGGAGUAGGCCAUUCGGCCCUUCGAGCCUGCACCGCCAUUCAAUAUGAUCAUGGCUGAUCAUCCAACUCAGUAUCCCGUACCUGCCUUCUCUCCAUACCCCCUGAUCCCCUUAGCCACAAGGGCCACAUCUAACUCCCUCUUAAAUAUAGCCAAUGAACUGGCCUCGACUACCCUCUGUGGCAGAGAGUUCCAGAGAUUCACCACUCUCUGUGUGAAAAAAGUUCUUCUCAUCUCGGUUUUAAAGGAUUUCCCCCUUAUCCUUAAGUUGUGACCCCUUGUCCUGGACUUCCCCAACAUCGGGAGCAAUCUUCCUGCAUCUAGCCUGUCCAACCCCUUAAGCAUUUUGUAAGUUUCUAUAAGAUCCCCUCUCAAUCUCCUAAAUUCUAGAGAGUAUAAACCAAGUCUAUCCAGUCUUUCUUCAUAAGACAGUCCUGACAUCCCAGGAAUCAGUCUGGUCAGGACUGUCUUAUGAAGAAAGACUGGAUACAAAGUGCUGGAGUAAUGCCCCUGUCCCACUUAGGAAACCUGACCGGAAAACCUCUGGAGACAUUGCGCCCCACUCAAGGUUCCCGGAGGUUGCAGGUGGUUGCCGGAGGUUGCAGGUAGUGGAAGCAGGAAGGGAGACUGACAAAAACCUCCGGGAACCGCACGGAAACCUUGGGUGAGGCGCAAAGUCUCCAGAGGUUUCCGUUCAGGUUUCCUAAGUGGG